CUCAAAAGUGUGUAUACUUUCUCUGUCUCUGAGAAUGUCAGUCACAUAUCUUCUUUUCUUUCUGUGCUUUUCCUUCCAUGCAUAUUGCACUGUCCUGCCUCUUAGCAACACUCAAGAUAUGGAGCUGGAGAACAAAAAGCAUUUCUCUAUCAAGACUGACAAUAUAAAUGAUUUUGAAUCCUUUCCUAAUCAUUUUCCAAUGAUGAAUGAAGAUAGCAAGAUGAAGACAUGGUUGGUUAAUACUCAAAAGUCAAGGAAAGAAUUAAGCACUAACAAAAAGAUGCUCAAAGCCAUGAGAAAAGAUUCAAGCACUUCAGAAACUAAAACUCAUGGCUCAGUUUCUUGUAGUGUGAUUCACAAGAACCUUAGUGAGAAAAAUACACCAAGUGAGAAAAAUCCUGAAUUUGAUUUGGACUAUUCACCCCCCAAGACACAUCCUCCUCAUCAUAACUAAGUAACAAAGCCAAUAAUUUACUGUCCAACUUUGUUAAAGAAUAGUAUGUGUUUGAAGCCCAAAUAUGAAGAAGGAAGAAUAUAUAGAUGAAAAAUUCUC